AUGAAGUUACAUACUGCUAUAUUGGCUACAGCUAUACAGGUGUCGAUAACAUCGGCAUUGGUUAUCCCUAAUCUCCAAUCAAUUUUGGGGAUUGACGAGUUAUCAGACUCUAUUAGAAUUGGAAAGCAGGUGGAUACACCUCAAAAAGAACACAAGGGGUUUGCGCCACUACUCAACAAGGGACUUAAAGGUGAGUUUAUUCCUCACAAAUAUGUGAUUGUAUUGAAAGAAGGUCUUGAUGCUGAACAGAUGGAGCUGCACAAGGAAUGGGUCGAAGCAGAAUACAAGCUGAUGGUUGCGGAAGGAGAUAGUUCUGUUAACGACUUUUGGAGAAAAAUUGCCAAAUUGCGUCAAGACGCUACAGUAGACUUUUUUAAUAUCCAUGACUUAGUAAGUGGUUAUUCGGGGUAUUUUUCUGAUGCCUUGCUCGCAAAAAUCCAACAUAAUCCUAUGGUAAAGUUCGUUGAACGCGAAACUGUAUUCCAUACUAACGAAUUUGAUGUGGAAAAGGAGGCACCAUGGGGGUUAUCCAGAAUCAGUCAUCGUGAAUUGACACCCACCGUCGAUUAUUUGUUUGAUAAUGAAGGUGGUAAAGGUGUUACUGCAUACGUUGUCGAUACAGGGAUCAAGGUGGAACACGAAGAGUUCGAAGGUAGAGCGCAAUGGGGAGAAGUUGUCCCAUUGCCUAAGCUCAAGCUUGAUGGUCAUGGCCAUGGUACUCAUUGUGCGGGUAUUAUUGGAAGUAAGACAUACGGUAUCGCUAAGCAAGUAGAUUUGGUUGCUGUAGGAGUCAUGAACCUUUUAGGGUCUGGUACUACGUCAGAUAUUAUCAAAGGUCUUGAAUUUGUGGUCAAUGACCAUAAGGCCAACUCAAACGGUAAGAAGAAAGGAUUCAAGGGCUCAGUGGUCAAUAUGUCAAUUGGAGGAGGUAUCCUGGAAGCUUUAGAUCUUGCAGUCAACGCUGGAACUAAAGCAGGUUUGCAUAUCGCAGUUGCUGCCGGUAACGAUAACCAGGAUGCAUGCGAAUACUCUCCAGCUAGAGCCACUGGUCCAAUUACUGUCGGUGCUACGAACAACAAGGAUGCUAAAGCCAGUUUCUCCAACUUUGGGAGAUGUGUCGAUGUUUUUGCUCCUGGUGAAGACAUCCUCUCUACAUUCACGUGGAGUAAGACGGUGUCCAUGUCGGGAACUUCGAUGGCAUCACCACAUAUCGCCGGGCUUUUGUCGUACUACUUGUCGUUACAACCUGAAGUAUCCUCGCAGUACGCAUCGCCAGUCGACCCACUCUCCUUAAAAUCUAAAUUGCUCAAGUAUAGUACUAAAGGUGUCAUAAAUGAGUUGACUGACGGUUUGAGUCCUAAUUUGUUGGCCUAUAAUGGUGGUGGUGGUAACUUAACUGAUUUCUGGAGCCUCUAA